AUGGGUACACAGAAGCCCGGUGAAUGGGCAAAUUCCCUCAUAGCCCGAUUUGAAGAACAGCUACCAUACAAGACUGGAGCACAGAAUCUACACUCAAGAAUCAAUGAGGAGCAGUGCAAAGCUUGCCUUGUACAAAUUAGCCGACACAGGUUCUCAUUGGUCAUAGCAGGCCUUACAAAAAUAUUACAGCGUGUUAAUGAGCAGUACCAACCUACAGUAUCAACAACAGUAAACCGCGAGUCAGAGAAGACCUAUCAUGACAGCUUAGUGAUUGUCCUAGAUACCCUUGAGAUUUGUCUCAGUUCACAGCCAAAGGAUACUACAAAGUAUGAUGAAGCGAUGAAUGUUAAAAUAUUGCUGAGGGAAGUCUGCCAAUUUAUUGACAUGCGCAAUGAGAGUGUGGUGAACAAUACACUACUAAGGCAGUUGUCUAGUAAAGUGCUCUUUGCUCUCAGUCUCAAUUUCUUCAAUGCUGUCUUCAACAGAAUCAGUGCCAGGUUACAGGAACUAUCGUCUAGCUCAGAAGAAAACCCCGAUUAUACAGAUAUAGAACUCAUUCAACAUAUAAAUGUCGAUAUAUUGAGGCUUAUACGGCUUCUUACAGAAUCCAUACAAAAAUUUAAACUACUAAGGAAAACGGCGCCUAUUGUGUUAGUUACGUCGCUGGAGAAAGCUAUUUGGAACUGGAUGGACACUUACCCCCAAGAAUUUGCAGAAGUGCAAUGUCGGCCUAAUGAAGAGUUGAGUAAAUGCUGUGAUACACUCUUCGACAUACUGCAAGAUAGUUUCUCAGACAACAAGAAGUCACGAGUCGCCAUGUGGCCUUUGCAGAUUAUGCUUCUAGUUCUGAACCCUAAAGUUCUAGAAGAAAUAGUGAAUGCUGACAGUGGUGCACCUUGUAGUCCGCGACACACAAAGAAAAAACACUUCAUUGAUUCAGUCAAAAGAGGACUGAGUCCACAGAAUAAUUCGAAACAAAUGACAGAAGCGGCAGUUGUGACUUGUGUGAAACUCUGUAAGGCGUCCACAUAUCUGAACAUUGCUGAUUCGGGAAAUGUUACCUUUGUUCUCGUCAAGUCGGUCAUAAACGAUCUCAAGUCGCUCCUGUUCAACCCUUCGAAGUCGUAUAUACGGGGUAACCUCAUCUCUGGCUAUUCAGAACUAGACCUCAUGACAGACUGCUUCGUAUCACUGUUCAGAAUAAUGCCACAUAACAAUGACGCACUCAAAGUGUGUUUGAAUCUCAACACGCACAUAUCCUAUCAUUAUGUUAUUGUGAAUUCGCUAUUAAGGAUUAUAAAACAACCUAGAUUGCCAUGGUGGCCGCAAAUCGAAUUGUUAUACCCAAGAGCAGCUGAACUCAGAGCCAUGUUUACGGACACUUUGAACAAGGCAACUCAGGGCUACAUAGUACAUACUCCUCUUCGAAUGAUAUCCCUCUCACUGAAGUCAAAGGAAGUUCAAUCGAAGUUCAACAAAUCUGAAGAGAUGCCGGCCUACAGAAAUCUCUUAUUGUCUAUGGUGAAACUGAUACAUGCCGACCCUAUGCUGAUGUUAAGUAAUCCCGGUCGCUCUGGUGUAGAAAUACAAUCAUCAACCACUGAACUCAUCAACGGUCUAGUAUCACUAGUGCAUCAGACAGGCAUGGGAGAAAUCUCUCAAGAGGCGAUGGACGCAUUACUGGCGUUACACAGGCCUGAUAGAGUACAUAUGUGGAAUCCAGAAGCGCCUCUAAACACAUUCUGGGACAUUAGCUCGCAGGUGCUGUACAACAUCAGCCAGAAGUUGAUCCAGCGUCAGAUCUGCAACUACCGCGAGGUGCUUCGCUGGCUACGCGACAUACUGACCUGUCGGAACGAGUUCCUCGCUAAGCACAAGGAAUACGCCAAUGUUGGCUCGCAGAUACCAAUAUGUAAACAGGCCCAUAUCAAGCUAGAGGUGGUGUUCUUCAUGUGCUUGUGGUCCAUCGACACGGACGUAGUUCUCGUGGCUAUGUCGUGCUUUGCGCUGCUAUGCCAGGAGGCGGAUAUCCGCUGUGGCUCCGACGAGAUCACUACCCAGUGUCUCUUGCCCAAUUACGCGGUAUUCCAAGAAAUCGCACACACAUCCACCGUACUCACAACUGCAGCCAGCCAGGAUGUGGGCAGAGGUUGCUUUUAUAAAAAUAUACACAGUUCGGCAGCGUUACAAAAGCGUAUUAUGGCAUUACUAAGGAAGAUUGAACACUGUGUGAACGGCGUACAACCUGUUUGGGAAGAGACGUUCCGAUGUUGGGACUCACUGUGCAAGCUACUGCAGAAAUAUCCGAAAGGACAAGGGGACAAAAUGGACGAAUGUCAGAUGGAGGCGCUACACAGAGCAGUCGCUAAGCGCAGAGUCUCCCAUCAUACUAGCAGUGAGCACGACUUUGAGAUGCAGAUUCAGGAGUGGGCGAACAUCACAUCGUUCCUGUGCGCGCUGGGCGGUGUUUGCUUGCAGCGGCGGCCGCCGCCCGUGUGGCCACACUUGCACGCACAUGAUUCACGUAAAUAUAAUGUGUUGGCAAACAGUUCACAAGAAGUACAAUACUGUCCUGUUACACAGUUCAUCGGCCAGCUUUUAAGGUUACUGCUGUGUAGCAACGAACGCUUCGGCCAGCAGAUACAGACUCAUGUCAAAGAACUUGUUGGCCACGAGAUGUCUCCUGCUCUCUACCCGAUACUCUUUGACCAAAUCAAAGCAAUAAUUGAUAAGUUUUUCGACCAGCAACAGCAGGUAAUGUUAACAGAUAUCAACACACAGUUUGUGGAACACACAAUAUUCAUUAUGAAGAGUAUAUUAGAUAACAAGAAGAGUGGACAACCCACAGAGCACCUGAGUACAACAUCCAUAGAAGGACUUAUGCUUGCUAUAGUAAGAUACGUUCGCCACCUCGACAUGACGGUACUGUCGGUGCAUAUAAAAACCAAACUGUGUCAGGUGGUUGAAGCCAUGAUGAGAAGGCGUGACGAUCUCGCCUUUAGACAGGAAAUGAAAUUUCGCAACAAGAUGGUAGAGUAUGUGACGGACUGGGUACUAGGCACCAGCCACCAAAUAGCACCUCCACUUCGAGCUGACGCAUCCUCUAUCACCAGGUAUCUGGUGUGUUGUCGAGAACUAGACCAAGCUUGUAUGGAGGCGGUGGCGGCUCUUCUCAAGGGAUUACCUCUGCAGCCCGAAGAAUCUGAUAGGGGCGACCUAAUGGAGGCCAAGAGUCAACUAUUCCUUAAAUACUUCACGCUGUUUAUGAACCUGCUAAACGACUGCAACGAGGUGGAACUGGCCGAGGGUCCAGGACGACUGGAGACGCUGCGCAACGCGACCAUACAGGCUAUGUCCAAUUUACUCAGCGCGAACAUCGACUCCGGACUCAUGCACAGCAUUGACCUGGGCUACCACAGAGACCUCCAAACACGCGCGGCCUUCAUGGAAGUUCUAACCAAGAUCCUGCAACAGGGAACCGAAUUCGACACACUAGCGGAGACUGUCCUAGCCGAUCGAUUUGAACAGCUUGUGCAGUUGGUCACCAUGAUAUCUGAUAAGGGCGAGCUGCCUAUUGCGAUGGCACUAGCAAACGUUGUGAGCACGUCUCAGAUGGACGAGCUCGCUCGCGUAUUCGUCACGCUGUUCGAUGCCAAACAUCUGCUGGCGCCAUUAUUGUGGAACAUCUUCUAUCGCGAGGUGGAGGUAUCAGACUGCAUGCAGACGCUAUUUCGUGGGAACUCACUGGGCAGCAAGAUAAUGGCGUUCUGCUUCAAGAUAUAUGGCUAUGGAUAUCUUCAGGCACUGCUGGAACCGCUCAUUUCCUCUUUACUGGACCAGGCUGAAGGGCAGCCUGAGUUAAGCUUCGAAGUAGAUCCAGCCAGAUUGGACCCAAACCAAGAUAUCGAGGUGAACCGGUCGAAUCUGAUUGAUCUCACAAAGGAGGUGUUCGAUAGGAUCGUCAACUCAGCUGACAAGUUUCCCCCACAGCUUCGCAGCAUGUGCCACUGUCUCUACCAGGUGCUGAGCAAGAGGUUCGCGCAGUUCCCACAGACCAGCGUGGGAGCUGUUGGCACCGUCCUCUUCCUGCGGUUCAUCAACCCCGCAAUAGUAUCACCACAAGAAAUGGGCAUAGUGUCCCGUCCCGUACCGGCUCAAGUGAAGCGAGGUUUGAUGCUGAUGUCGAAAAUACUACAAAAUAUUGCGAACCACGUAGAGUUCUCAAAAGAACAACAUAUGCUACCUUUCAACGACUUUCUGAGAGCUCACUUCGAAUCCGGUCGCAAAUUCUUCAUCCAGAUCGCGUCAGACUGCGAGAGUGUAGAUCAGACUUCCCACAACUUAUCCUUCAUCAGCGACGCUAACGUGGUUGCCCUGCACCGUCUCCUUUGGAACCAUCAGGAACGAAUCGGGGACUACCUCUCAUGUAGUCGAGACCACAAAGCCGUCGGUCGACGACCUUUCGAUAAGAUGGCGACGCUGCUAGCGUAUCUGGGACCACCGGAACACAAACCCGUGGAAUCUACUUCAGGCCUCUUGUUCUCCUCAUACGCUCGCUGGUCUUCAAUAGACAUGUCAUCAACCAACUUCGAGGAGUUCAUAGUAAAACACAACAUGCACGAGAAGGAAGAGUUCAAGAGUAUCAAGAGUUUGAACAUCUUCUACCAAGCCGGCACCAGCAAGAUCGGGAACCCAGUGUUCUAUUUCAUAUCUAGAAGAUAUAAAAUCGGCGAAGUGAAUGCAGAUCUGCUAAUCUACCAUGUCAUACUGACGCUUAAACCGUUCUGCCAACAACCAUUCGAGCUGAUCGUUGACUUCACGCACACCAACUCUGAUAACAGGUUCAGGACUGACUUCCUACAGAAAUGGUUCACGGUGCUACCAGAAGUGGCGUAUAUAAAUAUUCACGCGUGCUACAUCUACAACUGCAACAGUUGGGUUCGGGAGUACACUAAAUUCCAUGAGGCAAUUCUUGCGCCUCUGAGGGGUAACCGCAAACUAGUAUUUAUAGAUAACCACAGCCGUCUCAGUGAGUAUGUGGAGAGUGAACAGCAGAAGUUACCAGGCGCAACCCUAGCAUUAGAGGAGGAUUUGAAAGUGUUCAAUAAUGCGUUGAAAUUGUCACAUAAAGAUACAAAAGUUGCUAUUAAGGUAGGGCCUACAGCUCUUCAAAUAACAUCAGUUGAGAAGACGAAAGUGUUAGGCCUACCAGUGCUGCUCAAUGAUGUUUAUUACGCUUCAGAAAUUGAUGAGGUGUGCUUAGUGGAUGACAAUCAGUUCUCUUUGUCUAUAAUCAACGAGUCGACCCCACUCAGCUUCAUCCACAAUGAUUGCGACAACAUAGUGCAGUCUAUUAUACAUAUACGCAACCGAUGGGAGCUCAGUCAACCGGAUUCGGUAACAGUUCAUCAGAAGAUUAGACCCAAAGACGUACCGGGAACGCUACUCAAUAUGGCGCUUUUAAAUCUGGGGUCUUGUGACCCGAAUCUAAGGACGGCAGCGUACAACCAACUAUGCGCGCUCACUGCCACAUUCCACUUGAAGAUUGAGGGCCAGUUAUUGGAAACAUCGGGAUUAUGCAUACCAUCCAACAACACUAUAUUUAUCAAGUCUGUUAGUGAGAAGCUGGCGCACAACGAACCCCAUCUCACGCUAGAGUUCCUUGAGGAAUGUAUACAGGGCUUUAGAGGAUCAACAAUAGAGUUAAAACAUUUAUGUCUGGAGUACAUGACACCGUGGCUAGCCAAUUUAGUCAGAUUCUGCAAACCAUCAGACGAGUCUCGACGCCAGAAGCAAGUGGCGCAGAUAUUGGAGAAACUCAUCACGUUAACAAUAGAGGAGACUGAGAUGUAUCCAUCAGUGCAGGCCAAGAUCUGGGGCUCUAUAGGACAGGUGCCCGAGCUGAUCGACAUGGUCCUCGACAGUUUCAUCCAGAGGAGUGUCAAUUCUGGUCUGGGAUCACCCAUGAUUGAGAUCAUGGCGGAUACCGCUGUGGCCCUCGCCUCUGCUAAUGUGCAGCUUGUCUCCAAGAAAGUAAUAGGACGGAUGUGCAGGGCCCUAUCCAAACUGCCCAAUAAUAUCCUGGGUCCUGUUACCCCGGCCACUGUGGUAGAUAAAACUUGUCACUCGCCAACAGCAAUGUUGGAACAGCAUAUGAUGUGGGACGAUAUAGCCAUACUGGCUAGAUAUUUGUUGAUGCUGUCAUUCAACAACUGCCUGGACGUGGCGCGGCACCUGCCCUACCUGUUCCACACGGUCACGUUCCUCGUGUGCUCGGGCACGGUGUCCAUGCGUGCCGCUACACACGGACUUGUCAUCAACAUUAUACACUCGCUCUGCACCUGUAACACGCCCAGCUUCUCCGAGGAAACGCAACGAGUGCUUAUGUUAUCUUUAGAUGAGUUUGCUCUACCCAAGUUCUAUCAGAUGUUUGGCAUCUCCAAAGUGAAAUCGGCUGCUGUGACCGCUUUCAGAAGCGUUUACAACCGACACACGAGUGAUUGGUACUCGGAGCACUCGUACACUGCGUGCACGGAGUCGUCGUCGGGCAGCGGCGUGGGCUCGCUGGGGCUGGGGGCGGCGCUGGCGCCCCCCGCCUCCGCCGCCGCCGCCGCGCCCGCGCCCCCCGCCACGCCCGCGCCCCUCGCCACCCACACCGACCGCGAGCGCCUGCCGCUCCAGUCGCUGGAGACCAUCACCGACGCGCUGCUGGAGAUCAUGGAGGCCUGCAUGCGCGACAUACCGCAGUGCGACUGGCUCUGCACCUGGACGUCCCUGGCAAAGAGCUUUGCAUUUUGCUUUAACCCAGCACUUCAACCACGGGCACUCAUCGUCUUUGGCUGCAUAAGUAAGAAUGUAACAGAUGAUGAUAUGAAACAACUUCUGCGGAUACUGGUCAAAGCAUUGGAGUCGUUCAACGACCUCGCACUUCUGGAAGCAUUGAUUAUGUGUCUCACGCGAUUACAGCCACUUUUGCAUCCGGAAUCUCCAAUCCACAAAGCAUUGUUCUGGGUGUCAUUGUCAGUUCUGCAGUUAGAUGAGCCUACAUUAUAUGCGGCCGGACUUGCGUUAAUGGAACAGAAUCUGCACACACUCGACUCGCAGGGACAAUUUGAUCACAAGACCAUAGAGCAAGUGAUGAUGGAAACUCGGGAACCGUUGGAGUGGCAUUUCAAACAGUUGGAUCAUGCAGUAGGAUUGAGCUUCCGGUCGAACUUCCACUUCGCGCUGGUGGGGCACCUGAUCAAGGGCUACCGUCACCCGCAGGCGGCCACCGUGUCGCGCACGUGCCGCGUGCUGGCCGCGCUGCUCGCCGUCGCCGCUCCCCACCGGGACAAGUUCCAGCUCUCCAGGGACACCGUCGCUUAUCUCACCGCUCUGGUGUGCGUGAGUGAAGAAGUCCGGUCGCGAUGCCACGUGAAGCACUCGCUGCCCAAGUGGCUACCCGACAACUGUGACCAUUACUGUCCUACUGCUGAACAUCAUCAGUCAUCAAUAAUGAUCCAGCCGUCAUCGGCUCAUUCAGUUUGCCAAAGUCGUCGGCAAAAGUCUUGGGACGUACUCGACCAAGCGGCCAUAACCUCUGCACACGGAGGUAAAUCGCCUACACUACAGCUAUCCAACAGUGGAGGUCACAGCCCCCAUCUAAUCAAUAUGCCGCAUCAGACAUCAGCUAGAAUGCUUUUCAAAACCCAAAGAUCUUUUUCUGUUCCUACAUCAAAAGACACCAUCGGACCGCCAAGGGAUAGCGAGGGUCGUGCGCAUAGCAUGCAACACGGGGCUACAGGAGAAGCAGCCAGGGCAGAGUUGGCCGGUGACACUGAUAGCGGACUGGAUAUUGUCGAAGAUGAUGGCCGGAUCUCACCAAUCAGCACGGACGAUGCAAACGAGCGACCGCCCUCCACGAAGUCGGGCGACAGUGACUACCCGGAUACGUCCACUAAGCAAGCGUCAACAGACAAGGACACGAGCUCUCCGGACAGUAACAGUCUACUAGACCCGUCGGUGCUGUCCGACUCCACCACACAAGCUUUGGUGCUUACCGUGCUCGCCACGCUUGUCAAGUAUACCACUGACGAAAACGAGAUAAGAAUCCUGUACCAGUACUUAGCGGAGGGAUCCGUUGUAUUCGCCAAAGUAUUCCCAGUGAUUCACAGUCUACUCGAUAUGAAGAUCAACCAUGUACUAAUGCACUGUCACGACCAGGUCAUACUUAGCGCUGUACAAAGUAUCAUACAGAACAUGAUAGCAUCUGAAGACCCGAGCCAGCAACAGCUUCACUACAUGCAAAGCUGUGGUUUUGGGGGACUUUGGAGGUUUGCUGGACCCUUCACUAAGAAUCAGUGCACGGCGGAGAGCAGCGAGCUGUUCGUGAACUGCCUGGAGGCGAUGGUGGAGACGUGCCUGCCGGGCGGCGACGAGCCCCUGGCGCGCGCGCCCCCUCCCGACCCCGACGCGCCCCCCCUGGCGCCGCUCGCCCCCCUCGCGCCCCACGUGCACGCGCACACCCUCGACGCCGACACGCACCGCUACGGUGUGCAUCGACAACCGACACUGUACUGUACAGGGCCGGACACUUAGCGAAAACAUAAAACUCGAGAUUUGGCGGUGAACACGCUAUAAACCGAUGGACUAUUGUACUAAUGUUAUUUUCUUUAUUUACAUUACAUCGCCCUUACUGUGACAUCAACCUAUCUUAAAAGGGAACACAUCAGUGUUAGCAGAGAUAUAUUUAAUUAUAAUAAAGCUAUAAUUUCCCUAAUACUCGUAAGUUAGAGAUAAGGAAAAUAGUUUUAAUAUUUACUUAAAUAUUAAUAUUAUCAUCGAUUAACACUGCUUAAUAUUUCAUAAAUAAUAGUGAGGUGAUGUGAUAGGAAACUAUGUUAUCGAUAGUGAGAAAAUAACGAAUAUAUCUAAUCGAUAGUGAGAGAAUACUAAUUUAGUAUGAAUAAAUAAAUUAUAUAAAAUCGAUCAAUGUCAUGGAUAGACACCGUUCAGAUAGAAAGUCAUUAUAAGUUUUUGCAGAAUAGUUUGAAUUUAAUGAUUCCUCUCUCAGUGUAUAUGGUACGUAUAUUCUACUUGAGUUUAAAAAUAUGGCACCUUCAA